CGGGAUUCUUCAGGACGAGUAUAAAGGUUUAAGAAUGGCUGUGUCUUUUCCAAGUCGCGUUGUCGAUUGUGAGCCUUUGUAGCGAGAGCAGGGGAGAUGCAUCUGCCGUUAGCCAAGCUGGUGUUGGUGAUCGGAUGCAUAGGAGUGAGCUGGGCCCAAAGUGGCGGGUAUGGCUACCUUCCCCCACAAACACCUUUCGAACAUGGGGGCUCCUCUCUCAGCGAUAGCUCGAUACUACCCACUCGACCGCCCACUCGACCGCCCGCUCGACCGCCCACUCGACCGCCUACCAGACCGCCCUCGAGACCACCUCCGCUCGAUGUUCCUCCGCUGACUUUCCCUCCUGGUACUAGACCUCCAAUCCCUCCUACUCUACCCCCCACCCGGCCUCCUCGACCUCCCACUCUACCCCCCACCCAGCCUCCUCGACCUCCCACUCGACCCCCCACCCAGCCUCCUCGACCUCCCACUCUACCUCCCACUCGACCCCCCACCCAGCCUCCUCGACCUCCCACUCGACCCCCCAACCCAGCCUCCUCGACCUCCCACUCGACCCCCCACCCAGCCUCCUCGACCUCCCACUCGACCCCCCACCCAGCCUCCUCGACCUCCCACUCAACCUUCUUUCCCACCAAUUCAACCUUUCCCACCAGUCCAACCUUUCCCUCCAAUUCAACCUCCUCGCCCACCAGUUCAACCUCCUCGCCCACCAGUUCAAUCCUCCCACGUUCACCUCCUCGCCCACCAGUUCAACCUCCUCGCCCACCAGUUCAACCUCCUCGCCCACCAGUUCAACCUCCUCGCCCACCAGUUCAAACUCCUCGCCCACCAGUUCAACCUCCUCGCCCACCAGUUCAACCUCCUCGUCCACCAGUUCAACCUUCUCGCCCACCAGUUCAACCUCCUCGCCCACCAGUUCAACCUCCUCGCCCACCAGUUCAACCUCCUCGCCCACCAAUCCAAACUCCUCGCCCACCACCCCUCCCUCCAACACGACCCCCUCGCCCACCUCCAACAGAUCACGACCAUGACCACCACCACCACGACCACCACCACCACCACCACAGCAGCGACCCCCUGGAAUGGUUGAGGGAAUCCGUUCCUGGUGAACCUGGUGUCGAUUACCCGAUUUACGGCUGGCCCAUUGUCCAAACCAGCUUCUCUUGUACCGGCAGACCGGACGGUUACUACGCUGAUACGGAGACCCGGUGUCAAGUGUUCCACAUCUGCCUCUUCGACACCAGCACCAAGGUCCUGUGUCCCAACGGCACCAUCUUCAGCCAGGAACACUUCACCUGCCGCUGGUGGAACAUGGUCGACUGCUCUACUGCGGAGUCAUUCUACGACAAGAACGCUGAGAUAGGCAUAGUUCCCCCUGAGAGUCCCUAUCAGGUUACAGGUAGACCGGCCUCUGGCGCUUCAUCUUUCUUGGUUCCCAGUGUUGUACCGGGUCCUGGACCUACAGUUCAGUUUGAUACCCCAAUUUCUAAGCUACCUCCAAUCUCAAGACCCCGACCAACAAUCCCAAAACCCCGACCGCCAACCCAUGAUGUAGUACGCCCACCACUAGGUGUACCACCAUCAGGUCCACCACUAAGUCCACGCCCGAGCCCACCACUAGGUGUACCACCAUCAGGUCCACCACUAAGUCCACGCCCAAGCCCACCAUUAGGUGUACCACCAUCAAGUCCACCACUAAGUCCACGCCCAAGCCCACCAUUAGGUGUACCACCAUCAAGUCCACCACUAAGUCCACGCCCAAGCCCACCACUAGGUUUACCACCAUCAGGUCCACCACUAAGGCCACGCCCGAGCCCAUCACUAAGUGUACCACCAUCAGGUCCACCACUAAGGCCACGCCCGAGCCCAUCACUAGGUGUACCACCAUCAGGUCCACCACUAAGUCCACGCCCAAGCCCACCACUAGGUUACCACCAUCAGGUCCACCACUAAGUCCACGCCCGAGCCCACCA